AUGAGGUCGCUACGCUUCAUUUCUGCUGAGGCCCUGGUGUCGCACCCCCAGGUGGCCAAGCAGAGCCUGGAUGGCGUGGCCCACAAUCUCUACCCACUCCUGUUCAAAGCCAGCUACUUGCUGGAGCAGGCAGAGGUGAUCCGCACCCUGCUGGAGCGCUGGCCGCUGGAGGAGUUCUGGCUGAGCGCGCUGCUCGGGCCGCGCUCGGAACCCCCGGAGGACUUGCGGGACCGCGCCUGCCGGGCCUGCCUGGAGGCCUGUGUGCAGGGCCUCGCGGACCACGCGCUCCGGGCCGGCGGCCCGAGGCGGCUGCGGGUGGCAGACCUCACAGGCAUCCGAGACGUGCAGGUGCAGCAGUGCCCCUGUGGCAGGGCGCUGGGCAGGUGGGGCCGCACGGAGCUGCUGGCCAGGACCUGCUGCCGGCUGCAGGCAGAGCCCCUAGGGGCCCAGCGCCCCAUCCAGGUCUUUGCUGACCUCUUUGUCACAGAGGGCAACUUCAAGGUGGUGGUGCAGGCCCUGGGGCCAUCAGGCCCUGCCCCACUGCGUGUGCGCUGCCUUUCUUUCCGCGCUGACAGCCUGGGCCCCAGCCAGCUGCUGCACGUGCUGCGUCUGGCCGGGCCGGGUGAGCUGCGCAGGCUCGAGGUGGUGCACAAUGUGCGGCUGCAUGCGGGACACGUGCAGCAGCUGCUGGCCCAGGUGGGCUUCCCCCAGCUGGCCUCGCUCACCCUGCCUGCCAAGGCCUUCGAUGCGCCCCCCACCAGCACCCCAACCCCCGACGGCGAGGACCGCCUCCUCACCUCCAUCGCCUGGGAGCUCAGCCAGAUGACCCAGCUCACAGAGCUGAGCGUGGCCUUCUCCACCCUGACAGGGAAGAUUCGGAAACUGCUUGGCCCCCUGAGGACACCGCUGAGGGUCCUGGACCUGGCCAACUGCUCCCUGAACCACGCGGACAUGGCCUUCUUGGCAGACUGUGCCCACAGCAUGUGUCUGGAGGUGCUGGACCUCAGUGGGCACAGCCUGUUCAGCCUGUUCCCCUCAACCUUCUUCAGGCUGCUGGGCCGGGCCGCCCAGACACUGAGGAUUCUCACCCUGGAGGAGUGCAGCAUCGAAGACAGCCACAUGAGCAUGCUGAUAUUGGCCCUGAGCCCUUGCCACGAGCUCUGUGAGCUUCGCUUCCUGGGGAACCCACUGUCGGCCCGGGCCCUGAGGCGCCUCUUCACAGCUCUCUGUGAGCUGCCCAAGCUUCGGUGCGUAGAGUUCCCAGUGCCCAAGGACUGCUACCCUGAGGGCACCGCCUACCCCCAGGAUGAGCUGGCCAUGUCCAAAUUUGACCAGCAGAAAUACAAUGUGAUUGCUGAGGACCUCCGGGCUGUGCUGCUUAGGGCUGGCCGGGGGGACAUCCAAGUCUGCACGCCCCUCUUUGGAAGUUUUGACCCAGAUAUCCAAGAAACAAGCAAUGAACUUGGAGCUUUCUUGCUGCAAGCUUUCAAAACUGCUCUAGAAAACUUUUCUAGAGCGUUGGAACAAAUGUAGUAGGCCCUUGA